UAUCCCUUUACGCAAUUCAUUCUCUUCCUUUAGUGGAGAAGUUGCGCGAUGGCGGCAGAUCAGAUUUUAUCAAGCAGCUAUUUUAAAUACAGCGAUGAACGUCAACUCAUAGACGAAGACGAAGAUAUUUGGUUAGAAGAUGUGGAUGAUGAUAGAGCCGAGAUUUCUCUGAAGCAUGUUCAUUUCGUUACCGAUGCCACUUUGAGUUCAUGGAAGGAGCAAGAUGCUGCAGCGUACUAUUCCAACACUAGUAUGGGGAAACUUAAACUGCAAGUAAAACGUUUCGUGGAAAACUUUGCUGUUAGAAUAAUCAGUUUAUUAUUGGUAUUUGUUGACUUGGUUCUGGUCAUUGCCGACCUCGCCACUCCAAACAAGUCAAAUCAGGCUCAUAUAGCAGUCCAAGCAAUGACAAUGAUGAUUGUUUCACUAUUUUUGCUAGAAAUUUCUUUAAGGAUAUUUUCCUCUGGAAAAUUAUUUUUUAAAAAGUGGCUGGAGGUUUUUGAUCUUGUCAUAAUUUUGAUCUCAUUUGUUGUAACAAUCGUUUACCUGUCGAUAACAUUUCAACAUAACAGUUAUGCCAAACUUAUCAUUAUUGGUCGUCUUGUGAGAGUUCUCUUAUUUUUCCGUAUUGUUGCUGAUAAACAACAGUUUGAAAGAGCGUCCCGGAGGAUGGUUUCUCAGAAUAAGAGGAGGUACAGAAAAGACGGCUUCGAUCUAGACUUAACAUACGUCACAGAAAAUGUUAUAGCGAUGUCGUUUCCAUCGUCCGGAAAAUAUAAGUUGUACAGAAAUCCUAUUUCAGAGGUGUCGCGAUUUUUUGAGACAAAACAUCCUGGUCACUAUAAAAUCUAUAAUUUGUGCAGUGAAAGAGGAUAUGAUCAUUCCAUGUUCAAAGAUCAAGUGUAUCGCUUGAAAAUUGAUGAUCAUAAUGUUCCAAAAUUAAGACAAUUAGUGGAAUUUUGCAACGACGUUAGACAAUGGUUAAAUUCUGAUCCCGAAAAUAUUGUGGCUAUGCAUUGCAAAGGUGGAAAAGGACGAACUGGAACUGCAAUUUGUACUUGGCUUCUGGCCUGUGGAAAAUUUAGAGUGUCCCAGGAAAGUUUAGAAUACUUUGGUAAACGUCGUACUGAUCUAACUGUGGGGAAAACAUUCCAAGGUGUUGAAACUCCAAGCCAGAGUCGUUUUGUUGGAUAUAUGGAGAAAAUAAUAUACGAUUUGAACUGGAAUGUACCAGAAGCUAUUCCAAGAAAAAUUUCUCACAUAAUAAUUGAAGGCAUUAAGAGUGUUGGAAAUGGUAACGGCAGUGACUUACGUUUACAAAUAAUAAUUGAUGGCCAAGUUACUUUGGAAAGACCGGUAAACGACAAGUUGGGGCAAAAGGUAUCAACGGAGGACUUGAAUGAUGCAUUGGACAAACUAACAAUAUCUUUGGGAGAAGAAUCACCUGUCAUUACAGGGGAGACAAAGAUAAUGUUCUUUUCAUCAAAUAAGAAUGUUCCUGUUGGCUAUGACAAUUGUGCUUUUUACUUCUGGUUCCACACAGGAUUUAUACAGGAAGACAGUUUACUGCUGACAAGAAACGAGUUGGAUAAUCCCCACAAAAAGAAAACCUGGAAAUCUUUCCUCUCCAAUUUUUCUGUCAAAUUGAAAUUUUCACAUUAACAAAUCACUCCGAAUAAUUUCACAUUCACAAUUUAAAUUUUGAUAAUGUGUAAAUAAUU